UGGUGACUCAAGUUUAGUCUUAGCCACUUUAACUGUACCUUGGGUUUCUUGUUCUUUGGAAUUGAUUACUGACCCUAUCUGGUCUUCUCUGCUGCCAGGCUCUGCUCCCUAUGAAGAAGACCCAGGCUUUUCUUCAACGUUUCAACAACAAACUUGAAGGUUUAGGAUUUGUCGAACCAUUUCCUGAGUCCAACGAAAUUUGGGUUAGCUGUUGUCCCCAGCUGAGCCUGGGACUAAAAGGACCCCCUAUUGUAGACUUCAGAAAUUAGAAAGGCACGAUAGUGUUGAACUUCCAAAUUCAGUAGUUCUUCUUUUUCUUGCUUUCUUUUUAAUUUAUUUUCUUGGAUUUUGCUAGAUUUUCUUUCUUUUUUCUUUUUUUCUUUUUAGUCCUGAAGGUUCUGGAAUUAGGUGUAUAACACCCCACCUGGCUCCUGUUGCAGAACUGAAGAAUAGCAUCGACAUGGUCAAGUACGGAUCCUAAAUGUGCUGCUGGGUGGUGUUUCUAGGUGACUGUUCAGACCAUCAUUCUUUAAUGAGAAGCAUUUGUGUAGCCAUCAGCUGAGAUGAAACUUGCGUAGACGAGAGUGUUCUAUUCAUAUGUCACUCAGGAACUUCAUAGAUACUUAUGAUAGAAAACAACCUUAACUUGACUUGAGUAACAAGACAUUUUGACUCACUCAAUUGAAGCAGAGGCAAUCCUAGCUUUGAAUUAGCUCAGGAGGGACACUUUUCAUCACCUGCACCAGGUUCCAGUCCUACUUGCCCUGCUUUGGUGUUCAUUGCCCCUGAGACCCAUAGACUCUUCUGUAGUACCAGGCUGCAGACAGGAUGUGGUGGUUCUACACUGUCUUCUCAAACCCUCCAUCCCAGGGAGGACAGGCCAAAAAAUGGUGUUUUGGGGAAGCCCUAGAACCAUUGAGCAUGAAUGAAAUUUUCCCUGGGACAUGUUCUCAGCAGUAUGAAGUGACUAUAACUCAAAGCAGAGCUGAGGAUUGUGGGGUUUGAAAUUCAGGGUGCUACUAAGAAGUGGUUUGAUAUCCAUCCCAUAUAUGUAUUAUAGAGAAGCGUGAUAAAAUUAACACUUUAAGAGUUUAGCAUAAAUAGGUAGUAAUCAAUUGAAGGGGCUUAAUGACUUUCCUCUUUUGAAAAUUGUAAGUGUUCAUCUGAACACCCUGGCCCAUCAGAGAGUACCAGGCCAGCUCUUCCCUGUCAGAGCUACAACCUCUCCACAGAGAAACCACCUUAAAAUGUAAAUUAGUGAUUAAAUGCAAUUGUAAAGUAGAAUUUAAAAGAACACAUUGAAAUAAGUGAACUGAUUCCAACUGUGGAGACAUAUUAUGACCACAUUAUUUUGUUGUUCUGACAACCAUAACAAGUUUUAAGACAAUUUUGGUAACCUCUUAACUGAAUUAAUUAACCAAGAAGCAAACAGAUAUAGUGAGACUUGAAAAAGGUCAUGAAUUCAAGACUGGCUUGCUAUAUAGCCUGACCCUUAUUCCACCCCCAAAAAAUGCAUAAUGAAAAUUUAUUAAAUAAUAUAAUUAUAGAUGUUUGAAUUCUCAUACAGCCUUUCAGAUCAUGUGAACAAUGUUUGUAGAGCAAUCCAUUAUGGAAAUAAAAAGAAUGAACAUACAUGCAGAAAGAGAGCUCUGUUAAAAGUAAAAACCUGAUGAGUAAAUACUAACCACACUGCAGAAUUAUAUGCUUCAAUAGAUAUGGAUGUAAACUUGCUUUAAAAUGCCUUAAAUGGUUUGCAGCGUCCCUGCUUGGACUGUAGAUAUGGAAGUAUUGGCUGAAUUUAAGUAGCUGGUAGAAAAAAUCAUAAGCCUAUAUGUAUUUAAAAGGUAGGGACACAAGCAAGAAUCUAUUUUUAAAAAUGCCAGGCAUGUUUUACACUUAUCUUCUAGAGGACAAAGUUAUAUAAUUCAAACUGCUAUGUGGUAUUACUAAGUGGGACACAAAUAUAAUGACUCGGAACCGAAAUCAGAAAUCUUACCCAGGCGGAUGGGAGAAAGAGAAAGGGAAUACAUGGUCAGAAAGAAAUUGAAGGAGAAGGUCUGUUUGCAUUUUAAAAGUCCUAGAAAGUAGAAAUACAAGGAAUGGAUGAAAUGUAUAGAGUUAUAGCAGCCAAGAAGUUCCCAGAACUGACAAAAGACAUGAAGUAAGCAGUAGAAAAACAGUCUGUUUCAAUUCUGGUAGUGAGACAGAAUCCUACCUGAGUACACUGAAGUGAAUCAGGGACAUCAAAGACAGCCCCUCCAGAGGUCAGGGACAAAUACACGACAGAGAAGAGACAGGAGAUAACAAUCAAUGUGGAUAACAGAAGGAACAGAAUGUCUUCAGAAGGUCAUUUAAAAACCCAUGGUUCACAAAGAGUUUGGUCGUCCAUGGGUCCUCAGCACAGUGUACUGUGGCUCAUGCUGUCCACUCAGAAUCCAUGUACAAGUCUGUUCUGGGACAAAAUACCUGUAAGUGGGCUGGGCGUUGGUAGCCCACACCUUUAAUCCCAGCACUUGGGAGGCAGAGGCAGGCAGAUCUCUGUGAUUUUGAGGCCAGCCUGGUCUACAAAUCAAGUUCCAGGACAGGCUCCAAAGCAAUACAGAGAAACCCUGUCUCGAAAAACAAAAACAAAAAAACCCCAAAAAAUCCUGUAAGUGGGCCAUGUGCAGGAGAAACUUCAUUCUCACUGUUCUAGAAACAGGAGACCAAGAUGAGGAUGCCAGUGGAUUUGUUGUAUGGUAAACAUUCCCUGCUUGCCGAUGCCUCUUCCAACUCCUCCAGGAAGAGCAACACUGUGCUCCAGUGGCAGAAGACACAAAGGAUGACUUUUCCCCUCUAGUCCAUUACAAGGGCACUGACGGAGCAAUGAGCAAGAGUCCCUUCCUAAUCGCUGUUUGGAGGGUUAAACUUGAACCUGGGAUGCAAGCAUUCAAACCAUAGCACUGUAGGUAGAAAAGAAUUCCCUGGCUUCCAUGGCUAGUCCCUACAAGGACAUGGGUAUGUCAUGCUGUGAUAGUCUCAGAUACUAUUAGGUAUUAACUAGCUAAAGUCUCUUUUAUUUCUUGUUAGUGCUUUAGUGUUUUUCUAUAUUAGCUUCCUAAGUUGCUUAAAGUGAGACCAAAAGUGCCAGUAUGUGAACUUUGCAUAUUUAGUUUCCAGGUUUGAUAUAAUUAUAAUUUGGUCAGAUAAGGAAUGGGAAUGUUCUAGGAAUGACUCAUGAAUGUGAGUUUUCUAUUUUCAUAGUUCAUAAAUAGGGAAAUUAAUGUUAAAAUAGCAGUCUCAUGCAUUUGUUAAAUAAGCUUGUUGGUGCACUGACAAUAUCAGACCUCAGAACACAUAAGCCAGAACAGAAUGUAUAAUGCUGUGACAUAUUAUAGAUGUCCUGUGGUGCCACAUACCGACAUCAUCGAAAUCAUUGUUCUUGUGGUUAGGGUUAGCUUCUGAAACUUUGUAUAAUGUAUAUGUAUAAAAGAACAGUAUAUUCUUGGUGAUGGAGGAAACCUUGGAUUGUCAACAGCUUAAUCGCUACAGGUUCUAUGUAACGGUAGAGUCAGUUAUCUUAAUAACGUGAACUGUAAAGUAACUGAGCACUGUAGAGGAAUGGGGAUGCAGAUUGAAAAGGAGCAUACCUCCAGAGCACUGUUCACCUCUCCAGUUCCAACCUGCUCCUGUACUGGGGAUCUAAUCCAGCCAGCUCCUGUCUCCUGCCCCUGUAUAGCCUGCAGCUACUCCACUCUGGGUGGCCAGACAAGUUCCAGACAAAUUUACUGAAGCUGGGGCCUCCACAGUUGGUGUGACUACAUCAGGGCUUGGCAUUAGAAUUGUGUUUGGCAGCUUGAUGAUUGACCAUGCCAGGAGCCCACCUGUUCCAAAAGCUCAGUGCGAGGCCCUGGGGCUCUUCUGUUUGAUGAUCCCCAUCCUCAUCUUUCCCAUGUGAAGCUUUAUAAGGUCAACCACCCAGCCCCCUGGCUUUGACUCUGCCAGUCCCUGUGCUGGGUGAGCUAAGCUUUACCAUUAGAACAUGCCUUUGCAUAAUAAUAAUAAUAAUAAUAAUAAUAAUAAUAAUAAUAAUAAUAUAGCAUUUAGACAUAAACAAGAAGACUCCCAUAGUACCUGCUAUGGUAGAUGACUCUUGGGAGGCUUGGAAGCUCACACCAAUUUGAGGCUCAGCUCUCAAACUAUACUGGGCCCACUCUAAGUUUGGGCUAAGCAUGUGACCUUUUUCUAGCAGAUGCAUUAUGGAAAAAUAGUUGAAUAUUUCUAGCUGGAGAAAUCUGUUAGUACUACCUUGGCCAGGUGGUCAAGAUCAACAGCAGUCAAGUCCUGCUGAUCACAGGUACCAGCAGGUAUACACCUCCGUAGUCUUCCUCUCAAAAAGCCACAAUACUCAUAAUCUUGAGGAAAACAUCAAACUCCAUUAGAAGGCUGCUAUACAAAAUACUUGACCCAGAAACUGACCUCUUCGAACAAGAAAAAUCAAGUUCAUUGCCAAUAAUAGCACAUGUAAUGUGGGGUCAUGAAUGAGAUCCUACAGAGGAAUGACAUUAGGUAAAAACUAAGGAAAUAUGAAUGAACUGGAUUUUUGUUAAUAUUUCCUAAAUAUUGGCAAAUCCGUAGUAAGGUAAGCUGUUAAUGAUAGACUGAAAUCUCAGUGGUAUGCUAUUUACAAAUACAAACACUAAAUAGCAACAAUAUUAGUAAUAGUAAUAAUGAUGCCUGAAAUAAAAUGUGAUGAAAAAUUAACACAUAUUGGAAAACAAAAAAGAACUAGCUGGAGCCAGGUUACAUGUCUCUGGGUAAAGGUGCUUGCCACCAAGCCUCAUGACCUGAAUUAGAUCCUGAGGAAGGAGAUUGGUUGCAGAGACACUGUCAGUUUCUGUUGCUGUUAUAAAAUACCAUAAUCAUAAACAAUUUGGAGAGGAAAGUAUGUAUUUCAGUCUUACAGUUGCACAUAGCCCAUCAUCUGGGAAGUCAGGGCAGGAACUGAGGCAGAAUCCAUGGAGGAGUGCUGCUUACUGACCGGUUCCUCAUUGGUUCCUCACUGCUUCCUUAUAGCACCCAGGACCACCAGCUGUGCCCUCACACAUCUGUCAUUAAUUUAGAAAAUGACCUUCAGUCUUAACUGUGGACUUUUAGAAAAUCAGCAUGUAGUUUUUUAUUCCCGAGAGGGAAGAACCAAGGCGCAGUUAAACCAAAAUCCAAAUGUAUAAAGUUCAGUGCAUGACUCCUGAGACCCACUCACAGUCUUCCAGGCUCCAAAGACCUCCACUCCUUGGCCGUGCCAUCCACAGUGCACUUAUCUUGUCUCAUAGGCUCAGGCCAGCUGAUCCUGUGCUUGGUAGUCAGAUACCAAAUAAUGCCUUUGAGAUCCAUUCAAGUUAUUGUAUUUAUUGGUAAUGUGUCCCUUCUAUUGCUGAGUGGUAUUCCAUAUGUGUGUUUAACUAUUCAUAUGAUAUUUUGAUUAUUGUUCUCACAGAUAAGACUUCUAUGACCAUCAUGCCACACAUAACAAAUAAUAAUGACAGUGGUUCCAUGAGCCCUUUCCGAUCUCCAAUAUCUAUGCAUCUGUACAAACAUUUGUCUUCAACUGUGAAAAGCCUACCAUGGCUUCUUAGGCCCACCAUGGACCCUGGCUGUGUGUCCAUUACUGCAUUCAUUUAACCAUGGAUGUUUAUUUUUAUUUAUAUAUGACCAGUGUAAUAUCUUUUUAAAAAUCUCAUUGAGUGUCAGCAAAAGGACAGCAACAUGACCAAAAACCAGUAACAUGAUUGAAAGAGAAAAAGACAAACUGGAAAAGGAAAUGUGAAGAUUUGUAAGCUGAGGGAAAAAAUAAAACUAUCUUAAUCUGCUUUGUUGUUUUUCUGAAUGGGGCGCCUUUCUAGAGAAUGUGAUUAUAUGAAGGAAAAUGAGUCCUGCUUCCACAUAUUCCACAGGAAGCAGCUGGGGUUGGUCCUUUGUAGAGAGAGACCUGCGGCUCCUGUGCACCAGGAGUGAGAGCGGAAUUCCAGAGAACAUCUAGAGAGACAUCAAUUAAGACAGAAGCACAGACAGGCUGAGGAGCUUGAAUAUUGAUUUCUACCAUCCAGCCACAUAAUUCCUGCUGUAGCAGUUGAGCAUGGGCCUUCCACAAAUAUUGGAUUAUUUUAACAUAUGUGGAAUAAAGAGAACACAAUUUUGGCUCCUCUAUCCCAUGCCCUCAACGGUACAGCCACACACAGACUGUACCACACAUUAUUCAGUAAGUUUUCUCUCACCAACACAUGCAUAGGUAGGGUCUUGCAAUAGUUCCCAGGCUGGUCUUAAGUGCCACACUGAGCCUGUUGGCAACACAUCCUUCUAAUAUCUAAAUAAUAUUCCUUAUUCCUAUUAAUCAAGUCAUGACUAAUAUUCUUUUUGCUCUCAGCUUCACUAUUAUCAUAAAAAUAGAAUGUCUUGAAACUUACCAUCUUGUCCAGGAUCAAAUAUUUUUAAAGUAGAGAUUUGUUGAAGGGAAAUCACUAGAUUCCAAGUAGACAUAUUGACAUGGUGACACAGGCAAGUUGCUCCAAAAAGGCUUCUGUGCACCCAGCCAGCAUGGGAGAGGGACAUGAGUGUUUUUUACAUCUCCAGACAUAUUAAAGUUUAAAAUACUCUGUAGUCCAAUUAUCCAAUGGGGAGCCUUUCUGUGUGCCCCAUUUCUUGAUUAACAAUGAGUCUAAUGCCUGUUAAUACAUGCAUGGGCAACUGUUCUCUCUGAUAGAUUGCUUUUAUUAGAGACGUUACUAGUCUUUUCUGCUAGGCCCAUUUAGCUUACCAAUUUGUAGAACUGGACAAGAGUCUAUAGUUUGCUGUGUAUGUUGUAUACAUUUUUGGCUUGUAUCUUCAUGUUAUGGCAUAUCUAGGAUAUGUGAGCUAUCACUGAAGCCUUGGUUUGAGAUGGAGGACACGUGUGUGGGAGAAGGCAGCUAAGAUUAAAACAAAGAUGAGCAAUGGACACAAGGAUUCUGUCCUGUCUGCAGGGUCAAGGUGGUGAGGCACUGGUGAGAAAGUGAAGAGAAAAAGUUCAUCCCUUGCUCAUGUGUGACCUUGAACACUGUCUAACCUCUCAGAGGCUCAGUUUCUUCUACAGAAAGGGGGACAUAAGGAGAAUCAUAGAAAAUUAUUCUGUGGGACCAACAUCAUGCUUUGCACUUAAUGUUUAAACAGUAGACACUGUGUGACCACAGUGAAAUCAUCUACAUAGGCACUGUUGAUUUAAAAAGGGUGGCCAGAAGAGCCUGUGAAUGCAUAACAAUGCUUAGUUUAACACAUUAUCCAUUUCUCAUAAUGGACCAACAGUUGCCUUCAGGAACUCUCCUGAGUUUAGAAUCUGGAAUAUUCUGGAGAGCAGCACGGACAAAUGAGGACACGGACCGGGUGGGGGUGUCCGAACAAAGUCCUGAGGACAGUCACAGGGAGCUACUACACAGUCUGAAGAGCAUUCUCCCUACCAUGGCUGCCGGAAAAAAGGAACUUUUGAUGUUGGAAAACUUCAUAGGUGGAAAAUUUUUACCCUGUAGCUCAUAUAUAGAUUCGUAUGAUCCGUCAACAGGGGAAGUAUAUUGUAAAGUACCUAACAGUGGGAAAGAAGAGAUUGAAGCUGCAGUGGAGGCUGCAAGAGAGGCCUUCCCUGCCUGGUCAUCCCGGAGCCCCCAGGAGCGUUCUAUGGUCCUGAACCGACUGGCUGACUUAGUGGAGCAGUCCCUGGAGGAGUUAGCCCAGGCUGAGUCUAAAGACCAAGGGAAAACCCUCACCCUGGCAAGGACCAUGGACAUUCCUCGGGCAGCUCAGAACUUCCGGUUCUUUGCUUCCUCCAUCUUGCACCACACGACAGAGUGCACGCAAAUGGACCACCUGAGCUGUAUGCACUACACUGUUCGCACCCCGGUGGGAAUCGCUGGCUUGAUCAGCCCUUGGAAUUUGCCACUCUACCUGCUGACCUGGAAGAUAGCUCCGGCCAUUGCUGCUGGGAAUACUGUGAUAGCCAAGCCCAGUGAGCUGACGUCUGUGACUGCGUGGAUGUUGUGUAAACUCUUGGACAAAGCAGGUGUUCCACCAGGUGUGAUCAAUAUUGUGUUUGGAACGGGGCCCAGGGUUGGUGAGGCCCUGGUGUCCCACCCAGAGGUACCGGUGAUUUCCUUCACUGGGAGCCAGCCCACAGCUGAGCGGAUUACCCAGCUGAGUGCCCCCCACUGCAAGAAGCUCUCUCUGGAGCUGGGAGGCAAGAAUCCUGCUAUCAUCUUUGAGGAUGCCAAUCUGGAGGAGUGUAUCCCAGCAACUGUUAGGUCCAGCUUUGCUAACCAGGGGGAGAUCUGCCUCUGUACCAGCAGGAUCUUCGUCCAGAGGAACAUCUAUAGUGAAUUUCUGAAGAAAUUUGUAGAAGCUACCAGAAAGUGGAAAGUUGGAAUGCCCUCUGACCCAUCAGCCAGCAUGGGUGCUUUGAUAAGUAAAGCACAUUUGGAGAAAGUCAGAAGUUAUGUAAUGAAAGCUCGUGCCGAGGGGGCCCAGAUUCUGUGUGGUGAGGGUGUGGACCAGCUGAGCCUCCCACUCAGGAACCAGGCAGGCUACUUCAUGCUGCCCACAGUGAUAACAGAUGUUAAGGAUGAGUCCUGCUGCAUGAAAGAAGAAAUAUUUGGCCCAGUGACGUGUGUUGUCCCUUUUGACAGUGAAGAGGAAGUGAUUAAAAGAGCUAACAGUGUUAAGUAUGGGCUGGCAGCUACAGUGUGGUCAAGUAAUGUGAGCCUCACCCACAGGGUAGCUAAGAAGCUGCAGGCGGGUCUGGUCUGGACCAACUGCUGGCUCAUCAGGGAACUGAACCUGCCCUUUGGGGGGAUGAAGAGCUCUGGAAUAGGAAGGGAGGGAGCCAAGGACUCAUACGACUUCUUCACUGAAAUAAAAACCAUUACUGUUAAACACUGACUUUCUGCUGUGGAGAAGCAGCUGCAGCUGAUGCCUGAAGACCAGAGAAUCAUGGGUGCACUGCAGUGAACAGAAAUCCUAGUGUGUCUUCAGCCAUGUCUUGACUUGCCAGGAGACUAGCUCUUGUUGACCUUCACUAGUUGGUAUUUUUACCAGCUUGUGAAAAAAUAUGCAGUUUUUAAUGUGGAAUGAGAACAAGACUUCUAAAAAGGAGAUGCAACAAAGCCAGCCAGCUAGCUGUCUCCCUGGCCCUCAUGCUAUACCUUCAUGCAUGUCAUUGUUUGAUUGAAUUCUUGAAAAGCUGCCUAAAUCAGAUAUUUUCAGUGACAAAUUUAUAACAGAACAAAAACAAAAGCCUACAAAGAUGGAGACCAGGAACUUGGCUCAGUGAGUAAAAGGCUUGUUGCCCAAGCAUGAGGACCUGAGUUCAAACCCCCAACAGCAGUAUAAAAGCCUGACAUAGUGGCUUAUAACACACAUCACAUGUAUGUAUGUGCACAUACACAUAUACACACCACCAUCAACAAUAACCAAACCUGGGAGGACGGGAGGGAGAAGGGAACCGAGACUGUAAUGUAAAUCAAUCUUGUUUCUAAUGCAAAUAAAAAUGAUUAGAAAAAAGAAACAAUAAGCAAACCUGAAGAGAAUCAGCCCGCCAUCACUUUCUACCUUGGUGAAGCUGUGGAGAUGGUCUCUCUAGCCCCUAACCAUUAGCAAACUGAUUGAUGAUUGGCUGACCCCAUUAAUAUCAGCAAGUGAUGGUCGUGAAGAGCUUGUAAGUGUCACGCAUGAUAGGUCUUACUAAAUAUGUCUGGUAAGAAUAAAAGAAAACAAGUGAUUAUUUUUUAGAGGAAACUUGGAACACAAAACAUAGUUUUAUCCAUUUUCACUGUCAUUUCCAAUCACCUCUGAUUCUUCCAAGUAGAAAUAAAUUGUUCACCAUAUGCCAUUCUGAGACUUGUCCGUUACUCUCCUAUCCUCAUUUUCUUAGAAGUAUAGAUUGUUUUUUCCUAAUAAAGUCUGUCUAAUGUCUGGA